AUGGCCACCUUCAGGGAAGCAAGAAAGGCUCUUUUGCUUGCAAAUGCCUUGGAUUUCAUCGCCGAUGAAGAAAUGCUGUUACUCUACGACGUUAACACUUCAAAGAAUCUUGACAUUCCUUACUGGAAGUACGAAAAAUUCAAUCUGGACUCUCUUUCCGACGACGAAUGCAAAAGCGAAUUCCGUUUCUUAAAACAUGAUAUCUACAAUCUGCUCGACGUUCUGGAUCUUCCUGACAAAAUUACCUGCCCAAAUCGUUUUUAUGUUUACAGUGAUGAAGCGCUAUGUUUGCUUCUGCGUCGUUUUGCCUUUCCAUGCAGGUACGAAGACCUUGUUCCCCGAUUUGGAAGGCCUGUACCGCAAUUAUGUAUGGUGGUGUCUGAGAUGAUGGAUAUUCUUUAUGCCCGCUUCGGACAGUUGUUUUCUGGUAUUAAUCAGCCAUGGCUAUCACAAGCAAAUCUAGUUGAUUUUGCAGAAGCUAUCUACAAUAAAGGAGCCGCCCUUGACAACUGUUGGGGAUUUAUAGACGGAACUGUACGACCAGUUGCUAGGCCUGGCGAAAACCAAAGAGUAUCGUACAAUGGCCACAAGAGAGUGCAUGCGAUAAAGUUUCAAAGUGUAGUUGCACCAAAUGGUCUGAUCGUAAACCUUUUUGGACCUGUGGAAGGAUGCAGACACGACAGCGGAAUGUUAGCCAUGUCUGGUUUGUUGCCAAUGUUAGAAGCUCACUGUAUAUCUCCAACAGGCCAACCGUUAUGUUUAUAUGGUGACCCUGCAUACCCCUUGAGGGUCCACCUGCAGGGUCCAUUUAAGGGUGCUGCCCUAACAGCACCACAGCAACUGUUUAACAAAUCGAUGAGUAAAGUAAGAACAGCAGUAGAGUGGGUUUUUGGUGACAUUUUAGAGUACUUUUCGUUUUUAGAUUUUAAAAGAAAUCUUAAGGUUGGACUCAGUGCAGUAGGAAAAAUGUAUAUCAUUUGUGCCCUGUUGAGAAAUGCCCACUCAUGUACAUAUGGGUCGACAACUUCUUCUUUCUUUGGUGUUGAACCGCCUCCAUUAGACCAGUACUUUAUUUAA